AUGAAUGUUGAUAGAGAAGAAAAUAGGAAAGAGAGCGAUAUUAGAUUUCGUAAAAUAUGCCUAGUAAUAGAUACAUUGAUUCGUGAUGGGAAGAAUGCAUUAGAGUACAAGUCAAAAAUUGGUGGUAGUAGAGUAUUAACCAAUGUACAAUUGGAUAAACAAUUAACACAAUCAUCAGAAUAUGCAGAUGGUAAUUCGUCUCUAAUUACGAAUUUGGGAGUCUGUGUAGUAGACAAUUCGAACAAGCGUCGUAUUCGUAUACAUA